GCAAAAAAACACGCAGGAUGUUUUAAAUAAUUUUAAAAUAAUUUAAGUACAGGUAUUUAUUCACGGAGGUUUCAAUGCGUAGUAACAAUAACACUUUACUUGGCUAGUGGAAAAAUCGAUAUAUGGUGACAUUUGUUAGGCGAAAUUGUAUUUUUAUCAGUGGAUAGAAACUAGUGAUUAAUGCACAAUGGCGGAACCCGACCGUAACGCACUUGGGGCAGAGGGGGAAACUGAAACGAAUGAAUCAACUACAGAAACCUCCACCUACGGUUUAUUAAUGGCCGCUGGUAUUGUUGUGAUGGGCAUCGCCAUUCAUUUAACAAACAUUUCCCUCCCGUAUUUGUCAAGAGACCUUCUAACCGUGCUUGCAGUAGUUUGUGGGCUACUAGGAUUCGUGCAUCAAUUCAUGACAAUUCAUAUGCAAAACAAAAUAAAAAUGUUAGAAAAAGAGCAAAAAGAUAGAGAAAGAAAUCUGAAGGAAAAACAAAGGCAAGAAGAAGAAGAAAAAGAAAGAAUUCUUCAAAAAAAGCAAGCGCAGGAAAAAGAAGAAAGAGAUUUAAAAGAAAAACAAAGGCUACAGGAAGAGGAAGAGGCCACAAUAAGAAGAAAACAGACACUUAAAAACGAUCUAAAAGGUUCGUUUGAGCAGGUUCUCGAUACAAUGUUGGUAUGUCGUACACAUAUUGAGAGAGAGCAAGCAAAUGUCAAUGAUUAUCUAGACGUUAGCGAAAUGCAUUUGGAGCUGGAAGCAAUUAAACAAAAUAUAAAUGACGCAUUAUCCCAAUUUAGCACUUUACACAGCGAAAAAAGAACAGUUAUAUCAGAAUCUUUUGAUGUUCUUGAUCAGAUGAAUGUAAUUACCAGCUUCAAUAAAGAAGCUGAAAUAAAAAAGGAGGAGCUGAAACUAUAUCAGAAAAGAUUGGAAGAAGUAAAAACAGUUUAUGGCGCAACAUCAUAUGGUCGACUAGCAAGAAAAGUUAAAUCUCAAUCAGUUCUCAUUAAAGAAGAAAACGGUCUUGAAUUGUAUAAAUUACCAGUAAAAUUGAUCGACUCGGAUUCGACGAACAAGCUGAGACUCUACGAGUUAGGUCAGGAAAAUCCAUCGAAAUCCAACAAAUAUAUAAUGAUGGCAGGAAUGACAGGUGCUGGAAAAAGUUUGCUAAUUAACAACAUAAUUAAUUACGUGUAUGGCGUGACAUACAGAGAUAAAUUUCGCUUUCAGCUGAUUGUGGACGAAGAAGAGAUAAAAGAACGUGGGCCAAAUGCUUCAAGGAGCAAAGCAGAAAGCAUGACUAGUUGGGUUAGCAGUUUUGUCCUUCAUCAUGAUGAAGGAUUUCGAAUUAAUUACAGCUUGACGAUCAUUGACACACCUGGUUUCGGUGACACACGUGGCAUAAAAUACGAUGAAAUGAUAAUUGACCAAAUACGUAAAUUUUUCGAUAGUGAAAAUGUAUGUCCAGUAAAAGAACUUUCUUGUAUAGGACUUGUGAUACAAGCAAGUCAAGCAAGAAUAACAGAAGAGCAAAAAUACAUUUUUGAUCAAGUUUUAAACAUCUUUGGCAAAGAUAUGACAGACAAUAUAUUUUUGUUGUUUACAUUUGCCGACGCUCAAGCACCUCCUGCUUUGGAAGUUGUAAAGAAUAACAAAAUUCCAUUUAAUAAAGAUGCUUCUUUCAAGUUCAAUAAUUCAGCAUUGUAUGCUCCGAAUAAUGAUGUGGCUAGCGAUCACUCUUGGGUAUUUGGUUACGAUAGUUUGGAAAAGUUUUUCAAUUACCUAGGUAAGAUCAUUUCAACAAGUUUAGAUCUGACAAAAGAAGUGCUCAAGAAAAGAGAUGGUUUGAAAUCUCUAUUGGAAUGUUUACAAAAGGAAAUUGACAAGGGGAUGGACAUGCUUCAGUGCAUCGAAAAUAUGAUUAACGACAUUCUUGCAUUAAAAGGCACCAUGAGAGCAAACAAAGAUUAUAAAAUCAAGUCAAAGAGGUAUCCCCAGACAACGAAAGUCAUCAAUCACAAUAUAACAAAUUGUAAGGCAUGUAUGUUUACAUGUCACGAUCCAUGUUACAUUGAUGGCGAUAACAAAGAGGGCUGUGCAUCUAUGAACAACGGAGAGUGUGUUACUUGUCCUGGAAAAUGUCCUUGGGACAGUCAUUCAAACGGAGACAGAAUUUAUGUUUAUGACGAGAUUGAAGUUGAAAGCACAGUUGAAGACAUGAUGAAUAGAUACCAAAUUGCCGUGAAUGACAAAGAUGGCAAAAGAAAGUUGUUACUCAGUAUGCUAACAGAAUACAGAGCGUAUAGAGAAGCAACGUUCAACAACAUACGAUCCGCGUCGCUGGCUGCCAAAUCCUUGGAAGAAAUAGCACUUCGUCAAAGUUUUCUAACAAAUGUGACAUAUAUUGAAAGGUUAAUCAAAUCCGAAGAAGCCAGCAGUCGACCCAACAAGAAAGUACGUCUUGAGCAGUUGGAUCAUUUCAGGAAAAUAGCUUUAACUCUGCAACAGGCGCGUACAGAUCCGAACAGUCUCACUGCAACAGUUAGCAAUUACGAAGCCACCAUUUUGAAUGCGAUCAAAAACAUCAAAGAUGAAAUAAAGGAUGGUCAUUCUUACUUUUCUGGUAAUUAUGAAUCGAGGGCGCAUAAUAAUUCGAGUAGAAACCGAAAAGUUGAUGAGGUUAACAAAAAGACAACAAAAUCAAAUAAAGGAGGAUUUUUUGGAUUAUUUGCGUAAACACAAAGACUUUUAAAUAUUUUGCAACCUAUAAAAGUAGUAAUCCAAGCCUUUAGGCGAGGAAAAUAAAGACAAAAAAUACCAGAACGAUAUUUUAAUAUUUUUUUUUUUUAUAUUUUCUGUUAAAGUUUUGCGCCAUGCAACAUAUGAGAUAUUGUAUUUACGUCUCCCCUCUUAGCCAAUCUCGUUAGAGAUACUUUCGUGGUAGUGAUAAUUAGAGUUAUAAUUAAUUGUAGAUUUAUUAAAAAAUAGUGAGUCUAUAUAAUUGUCGCUGCUUGAGAGCAACAAGAAUCCAAUGUGGAGUUUAGCGCUCGUUUUCUUCUUUUUGUUUCUUUUCCAACAAUAUUGGCGUAUCUGCAAAUUCUUGUUUAAACGCUUUUUUAUUUUUGCGGGGACUUCCACAUGGUAAGACUUUAUUAUAAUUUGGCACGUGUUAAUUUUGGGUUUAUUAGUAGUUAUUCCUGUAGUUUAUACUUCUGAAUGUUCCUUUAAAAACGUU